UUGUGGGUGUCUUGUGGAUAUCCAGACAGGAGUUUCGUGAUAUGUUCAUGUAUUACGUAACGUCUAACUUUCUAUAUAAUGAUUUAGUAAGCAUUAUAAAUGAAUGUAUGAUGCCAGUGAAAGUAUGUAGCCUACUGGGAGUCCCGACUUCCAAGGUGUUACGAAAUGGGAAAUCUUGUGUAAUCGGCAGUGAACGUGUAUCGCGUCUUGAUGAAUGUCAUAGUGCCGUGCUUUUCCGCUGUAGGAUUUUCAAUGAGAUGACGUCAUGCCGGCAACCAAUCAGCUGCUAGGGGUCGGUCUCUGUAGCUGGCCGUAGUAAGUUAUCAGCCUGAAUCCUCGUAGUCUGUGGUCAGGAAGCCAGAUGAGCGCGCAGAGAAGUGCUUGCUCUCCGCGACCAGUCCAAUCCAAAAGCAGCUGAGAGGACGAAGAAGUGCGGUAUGCAGAAGCAAUGCUGACUGACCUGCACGCAGCCAUGGUACCGAAGCGCGAGCCGGCGAAGUUGGAGGAGCGCGAGCGCACGCAGGCGACGGCGUGUGAGUGCCAAAGCCAGUGCAACAACUGCAAAAUCUUUUUGAGUUUGUUCAUCCUCUCGCUCUCUCUGCACCUCGUCACGCUCUUCUGCUACCUGGACCUGCGCUCGGAGCUCAAACGAGAAAUAACCCAGAAAAACAAAGAUGAGGUGUCAUCAGCGGGGCCAGUCCCGCACGAUGAAGCCGCAGCGCCAGUGCUCCGGUUACCGGACACCGACCACCCAACAACAGACGUCCAGAGCAGAUGGAGGGAUGAACACACAAGAGGAUUGGAGAGAGUCAUUCAUCGUACCAAACGUUCAGAAACUAAUGGAAAGAAGAAAGGAGAGAAGAAAAAAGGCAAGAAAGGACCCCCUGGUGCGCCUGGACCUCCAGGCCCACCUGGUCCUCCUGGAAUACCAGGGAUCCCGGGUAUCCCAGGCAAUAACGCAAUGGGACCCUCUGGCCCACCCGGACCUCCCGGACCCACAGGGCCACCGGGACCACAGGGACCUCCAGGAAGUGCAGAAAGAGUCAAGCACAGAGAGACACAGCCAGCUGUGGUGCAUCUUCAAGGUCAGGAAACUACCAUCCAGGUUAAAGAAGAUUUGUCAGAAGGUGUGUUGAAAAAUUGGAGAAUGAUCUCGAUCCAUCAGAGAGUGUUUAAAAUGCACUCACGCUCUGGAGAGCUGGAAGUCCUUCUUGACGGAACAUACUUUAUAUAUAGUCAGGUAGAAGUAUAUUACCUGAACUUCACUGACAUUGCGAGUUAUGAGGUGAUGGUUGACAAGACUCCAUUCUUGCGCUGCACGCGAAGCAUCGAGACCGGCCAGCGCAAGUUCAACACCUGCUACACCGCGGGGGUGUGUUUGUUGCGAGCCCGCCAGAAGAUCUCCAUCCGCAUGGUGUAUGAGGACACGUCUAUCUCCAUGAGCAACCACACCACCUUCCUCGGCAGCAUCCGUCUAGGGGACGCCCCGGCUGCUGGACACACCUGAGUCUAUCGGCGUACAGGUUGACCCGAUCAGACACACAGAUCACGCUGAUGAGGUCACAGACCACGCCCACUGAACUCGACUGAGCCAGUAUGCCUCAUUAGCCACGCCCCGAGGACACAGAGCCAACCAUUUAGGACCAAACGGGCUCAUCUACAUAUCUGCCAAGCGUCAGGCAGAUGUGACAAUGUAGCAUCACCGACACUGACAAAAAGGUCCAAUUCUUUCUGAGCACUGAAACAGCCUCCAUCAUUCCUCAGACGUUAGCAACACAAUAUUUACCACAACUUAUCAAACUAAAUAAAUCAACAGACUGGUUUCCUAGAUGCAUUGUGUGUCAGCCAUUCUAGCAGCUUCCUCUGUUCUGGUUUGUGUGACAGGAUGAGCUCGACGCCCUUACAGCUGCUGUGUGUAUGCGGUAUCACUGCAUUGAUUGCAGUGACUGGAACUGCAAAAGGACUGAGAUACUCUAUUCAUUCAAUGCACCACAUGCUAGCUACCUGCUUGAUCCAUAACAGACACACACUUCAAUAGAUUCUACACCACAUAAACAGUCAACCUGUGUACUAUUUUAAUCAAGCACUGAUAAUGACAAUGUAUAAAACAGAAUAUCUAUGUUCAGUUAUCUCUGAUCUUUUACAAAUGCUGUCAAGCUCCCCAUGUUUAUUAUGAAGUCAUGAUAUUCUGAAUUCUGGUUUUAUGGUCCUUUGCUCUUUAUCUGUCAUUACCUGUGGGAAAGACUGAGUGUAUGCAAAUGAUGGCAGUAGUUCAGGCACUGAAAUGAAUGAUAUUUCGUAAUGAUUUGUCCUCUUCAACAUCAUCCUGAAUAUUCAAUGCAAUACCACAUGCCUCCUGUAGGGGACAGUAGUGCUCCUCUAUAGCAAAUGUAGCAAUGAUAGGUUUGAUCAGAAGAGAUAGGCUGUGUUCGGAAUAGAAUACUGUUGUACUUAUUUUUGCUACAGUACAUAGUAUGCAUGCUGUAUACUAGUUUAUUGCCCUCGUAUAAUUCCAAACUCGUAAGACAUUAGUUAAUCAUCAGAACAUAAAUUACAUAUCUGUUCCUUGAACAGUUACGUUGCUGUAUAUGCAGGGUCAGAAAGCUCUCGGACUUCAUCAAAAAUAUCUUAGUUUGUGUUCCGAAGUUGAACGAAGGUUUUGUGGGUUUGGAACAAUUCAAUGACAGAAUUUUUAUUUAUAGGUAAACUACCCCUUUAAGUUUAAUUGAGCAAGAAUGCAGCAAAAGUGACAGUAAAGGCAUUUAUAACGUUACAAAAGAUUUAUAUUUCCAAUGAAUGCUGUUCUUUUGAACUUCCUAUUAUUCAUCAAAGAAUCCUUUAAAAAAUGUAUCAUGGUUUCCACAAAACUAUUACAAAAGCUACAUUGAUGAUAAUGGUUUUUUUCAGCCUAUUAGAAUGAUUCUGAAGGACCAUGUGACAAUGAAGACGAGUCAAAAUUCCACUUUGAAUAAAUCACAUUUUU